UUGCAACACACUUUCCUCAAAAAAGGCAAAUUGAGAACAAGAUUCCCUCCCCUUUAGCAGCCAGCCAAACGUAAAGAGCCACUUUGGACGAUAAUAAGGUAACAUAAGGGGUCCAAAGAAUGUCAAAAUGGGCAGCGGCUGUUCUUCUCCAUCAAUCUCACUAACUAGCAUAAGCGCUGCCUCUCCUUUUCAAUCCCAAGAAUCACCAUCAAACCCUUUAAAUUUCUGCUCACCUACUAGAUUCUUGGAACCCCAUCUCCUUAAAUCUUCCAAGAUUUUCAUACCCAAAUCCCCAUUGAAGUGUGCUGAAGUGCACAAAAUGCAGACCCAAGUGGAAAAUUCUGCGAAACCCAUUGUCGAUCCUCAUGAUAUCGACCCAAAAUUGGUGCAGAAGCUUGCUAAUGAUGCCCUUGUCUGGUGCUCUCUUCGUGGACUUCUUGUUGGUGACAGAAAUUCGGAGAGGUCAGGAACUGUUCCUGGUGUUGAUAUGGUUCAUGCUCCAGUUGCUCUGAUACCAAUGUCAUUUCCUGAAAGUCAUUGGAAGCAAGCUUGUGAAGUUGCUCCUAUUUUCAAUGAACUCGUGGAUCGCGUGAGUCAGGAUGGAGAAUUUCUGCAGCAAUCACUGUCUAGGACGAGAAAAGUUGAUCCUUUCACCUCCAGACUACUAGAAAUCCACUCCAAGAUGUUAGAAAUCAACAAGAUAGAGGAAAUACGCUUGGGGUUGCAUCGCUCAGACUAUAUGCUGGAUGAGCAAACUAAAUUACUUCUGCAAAUAGAGCUUAACACAAUUUCAUCAUCAUUUCCAGGGCUAAGUUGUCUGGUCAGCGAGCUUCACAGGAGCUUGCUUCAACAAUACAGAGAAGACAUUGCAUCAGAUCCUAACAGAAUUCCCGCAAACAAUGCUGUAAAUCAAUUUGCUGAAGCAUUGGCUAAAGCUUGGAAUGAAUAUGGUGAUCCAAGGGCUGUGAUUAUGUUUGUGGUUCAAACUGAAGAGCGCAAUAUGUAUGACCAGCAUUGGCUUUCUGCAUCAUUGAGAGAAAGACAUCAAGUUACAACUAUCAGAAAGACACUGGCUGAAAUUGAUGCACUUGGCGAGCUUCAACAAGAUGGUACCCUUGUUGUAGAUGGUCAAGCUGUGGCAGUCAUUUAUUUUAGAGCUGGCUAUGCACCAAGUGACUAUAACUCGGAAUCUGAGUGGAAAGCUAGGCUGCUGAUGGAGCAAUCACGUGCAGUCAAGUGCCCUUCAAUUUCUUAUCAUUUAGCUGGCAGCAAGAAGAUUCAGCAAGAGCUUGCAAAGCCCAAUGUACUUGAAAGGUUUCUGGAAAACAAAGAUGACAUUGCCAAAUUACGGAAAUGCUUUGCAGGGUUGUGGAGCUUGGAUGAAUCCGACAUUGUCAAGGAUGCAAUUGACAGGCCAGAAUUGUAUGUUAUGAAACCACAACGAGAAGGAGGAGGAAACAAUAUCUACGGGGAGGAUGUCAGAGACGCUCUUUUGAAACUGCAAAAGGAAGGCACUGGAAGUGAUGCAGCCUACAUUCUAAUGCAGAGGAUUUUUCCGAAGAUCUCUCACUCGAUACUAAUGCAAGAAGGCAUCUCUCAUAAAGAACAAACCAUAUCAGAACUUGGGAUAUAUGGUACCUAUUUAAGGAACAAAACAGAAGUUUUAAUCAACCAACAGGCUGGUUACUUGAUGCGAACAAAGGUCUCUUCAUCAAAUGAGGGAGGAGUUGCAGCCGGGUUUGCAGUUUUGGACAGUAUAUACUUGGUUUGAUGGAAUUGGCUUGCGCGUUGACUCUAUAACAAGGGUUGAAUGCAGAAGCUGGACAAGUCAUUUCCUACAUUAUGUUGAAACACCAUGCUUUGGCCUGUUUAACCUUUCCUUGUUUUACAUUGUAUUUUUCUUGCUUAACAUCUUUAAUAAAUAGACCUUCAUAUCUGAAGGAAGUGACCAAAAGAAUGAUAUA